AUGGCUGGGUUCCAGACGAGUGACACCAUGCCCAAGUUCGGCCACGUGACGGACUUACGAGAGCAAUGGCUCGUACGUGCUGAUGGGGCGCUAGCGCACCGUCUACAGGAUCGAGAAAUCUCGUCUCAUCUGUGCGAAAAUAGAUAUCGCAACCAGCAGAUUCGCGAGGACUUCCCAAUAGCCCUAAACGAACAACGAGACAUAGAGCACGAAGUCCACCUGAGAGAACUUACUCGACGCCGACAGGCCGAAAUUGAUGCAGAAAUAGCACGAGAGAUGGCUGAAAUUAAUCUGCGCAGGCAACGCCGCCAGCGCUCCAGUGACAUGUUACAACAACCCAGCUCGUCUCGCGCUGCUCCCCCGGCCCCGCUUCCUGUUACUACUGUUCCAAGUGAAGAUAUCAAUCCAGAAGAGCUUGGUCUGUCUCCAACUGAACUUGAAGAAAUGAGGCGACGACUAGAACAAGAAGAGAAGGAUGCGAGACUUGCUAGGGAACUGAGCCAUGAAGACAACAACCAAGAUGCUUUAUUGGCUGACAUGAGAUGUGCAGUAGAAGCUCAAGAUGGUGAGUUGGCGAGAUUGUUGCAAGAGAGAGAAUACAAAAAACUUCAGAGAGCCAAGGAGAAGGCAAGACAGAAGGCUUUGUUGAAAAAACAGCAGAGAAUGGCUGCCCAGCAACAAGGCCUAGCACCUCAGGUAGACAGUGAAGCCACUUCUACUCCACAGGCAACACUGUGUGAUGCUUACAGCAACCCUCGAGACAUGAUUCGAGAGAACCGACUCAGACUGUGCAAAUCUGUUGACUCUGAUUUGCAUUAUGUUGAACCAUUUGAAAAAGAAUCCAUUCAAUCUAAAGCCAGUGCCUUGCAAUCCUUGGAGAUGUCAAAUCAGUAUUACACUCGACAACCUGAAGCUGGAACUUCAGGCAGUAAUCUCUCUCAUUGUCACUCACAAUCUAUGGAAGAUAAAAGGGUACCCAGUAACCAAAGUUCAAUGCAACACAGACAGCCUCCCCCUCCACCAACAACAAGCAAGAAGCCUCGUUUCCCAGACCCAGUGAGCAUCAGACCAGCCUCACACUACCCCACUGAGCAGUCAGUGCCAGAAAGUAUCCCUCCUUCCAACCUGGCUCACAGCUACAGUGAAAACAACAACCUGUACAGUUGUACGUACCCACCGGACAUCAGCCCACCACACAUGGUACAGGACAGACAUGACAACAAUAAACGGCUCUCUGUUAUAUCAGACAUCACUGCUGAAGGUUUGGCCAAAAAGAAAAGUAAGCAAGCUGACAUUAACAAGAAAAGAAAGGGAUGCAAAAUACAGUGA